AUGGCACCCAACGACCGCAUCUCCCAAAUCGCUUCCCAUCUCAACUACCCCCGAGGUCUCCUCGCCGGUCAAGUCGCCAUUGUGACUGGAGCAGGUCAGGGCAUUGGAGCAGAAACAGCACGUCUGUUCGCCAAUGAGGGAGCCAGAGUCGUCAUCUCAGACAUUGAUGGUGAGAAGGCUGCCACUGUAGCCAACUCGAUCAACAGCAGUGGAGGCAAGGCAUUGGCCGUCGCUGGCGAUAUGCUAGAUGACGCCUACCUCAAGACUCUUGUCGAAAAGACUGCCGAGUUUGGCGAAGGAAAGAUCCACAUCAUUGUCAACAACGCAGGCUUCACAUGGGAUGACAAACAAUGGGACACCAUAAUGUCCCUCCACGUCUCGGCCCCCUUCAAACUCAUCCGCAACGCCGCCCCUUACUUCCGCGUCAAAGACAAAGCCCCCAGAAACAUCAUCAAUAUCUCCUCAACCUCCGGCCUACACGGCAACGCAGGACAAGCAAACUACGCAGCCGCAAAAGCAGCGGUCACCGGCUUGACAAAGACAAUCGCCAAAGAGUGGGGUCCAGCGUUCGGUGUGCGCUGCAACACUGUAGCUUUUGGCCACAUUGCUACAAGAUUGACAGCUGCAAAGGAGGAGGGUGCNUUUGUGACUACACCUGAUGGUGAAAAGAUUGCUUUGGGUAUCCCCGGUGCACAAAAGAAGGGUAGAGAAGAAGGGGCCGGCGCAUUCAAGGACAUCCCUCUGGGUAGACCUGGCACUGCUACUGAAGCUGCUGGCGCAAUCCUCGGUGUUGUCAGCCCUUACUUCUCGUACGUUAGUGGCCAGACCAUCAGUGUUACUGGUGGACGUAACAUUUGA